GCGGAGUCCUCCAGUAUCCCAUCAUUCCCCGAGCGCCCUGCAGCGUAUUGACAAAGAAAAAAGGGAAAACAGGGUGGGAUUUGCACAAAACAUCGCCUCAAAGAUCGCAGUUGAGAGGAAGGUAAACGUUUACUCUGGCUGAUUUAUGGUGUGAAUAAGGCGACUGCGCAGUGGCUCGGACUGAGAGAGCUGUGUUUAUCCGGGAUGAUCAAGGCUGAUCAUCAUGCUGCAUAGGAGCUGAGAGAGCAAGGCUGGCUGAAGUUUGAGGGAGCUUUUGCACCCUUGGAGCCCAGAGAGAGAGCGAGAGACAGAGUGGAAUAAGCUAAGGGAGGGCUAAAUGCGCUCAGUGUGUGCCAAUGCAGCAACAGAGCCGGCAGCCUGACCUAGUGGAAGGAAGACUUCCAGUGUUUGUGUUCCCUACUGAGCUGGUUUUCUAUGCAGACGAGCAGGCCUCACACAAGCAGGUGCUCACGCUCUACAACCCAUAUGAAUUUGCACUCAAGUUCAAAGUUCUGUGUACAGCGCCAAAUAAGUAUGCAGUAGUGGACGCCACCGGUGCCGUUAAGCCACAAUGCUGCGUAGACAUCGUGAUCCGCCACAGAGAUGUGCGGGCCUGCCACUACGGCGUGAUAGAUAAGUUCCGGCUGCAGGUGUCUGAGCAGAGUCAGAGGAAGGCUCUAGGCAGGAAGGAGGUGAUGGCCACCCUGUUGCCCUCAGCAGCCCAGGAGCAACCUCAAGCCCGGCCCCAAGAGGAGGAGCGGAGGAUGAAGGAACAGCUGGCUGACAGUGUGUUCUUUGAGCAGACCGCAUUCCAGACAGAGAAUCGUGCAGCAUCCGGCGGCCCAAGCCUGCUCACUGUCCUAUUGGGCCUGGUGUGUAUGGCCGCCCUCAUGCUCCCAACUCUGGGAGAGCAGGAAUCCACAGUGCCUGUCUACCUCCACUUAAGUGUUAACAAGAAACUUGUAGCUGCUUAUGUUUUAGGUCUUCUUACAAUGGUUAUCCUUCGCACAUGAAGUGCUGCUGGUUGACAUCUUUGUACAGAGGAACUGAGAAGAAGAGGGGAAAUACAGACAUUUGCACAACAAGAAGAGUUGAGGGGUGAGCCUACAGAAAAAAAAAACAAAAAAACAAGCUACCCUCUUAACAGGAACUAACUGCUUCAACGUCAGUGCAAACUUGUAGACACAAAGAAGAUGCAAUGAUCCUGGGGCAAAGGGAGGGAGGUGCUCUAAGUGUACAAGCAGAAACACUUACUGAGCUGGCAACUGAGCCAAGCUGACUAUCAGGGGAGGUGGGUUUGUGUGUAGAACCACAAGGAUACGUUAAAUUAAAUGUGUUGUUUUACUUUA